AUGGCGAUGGCCCGGGCAAGGCUGGCGCUGCGGUCGUUUCGGAGUGGCUGGGCCAUCUUCGUGGAGAGCCGCAUCGGGUUGCUGUCGCUGGCGACCAUCGUCCUGUUCGCGCUGAUGGCGAUUUCGCACCCCAUACUCAUGGUCACCGUGUGGGACGCCGAGGUGUACGACCCGGUGACGGGGUACGCCUUCGACCGUUUCGAGCACCCGUCGCCGCCGAACUGGAAGCAUCCGCUGGGCACCGACCCCCUGGGGAGGGAUGUGCUCAGCCAGUUGCUGUCCAGCACCCGCUCGGAAUUUGUGCUCGGCAUAACCGCGGCCCUGGUCACCGUGGGCAUCGCCACCACGGUGGGCGCGGUUGCCGCCUACUACGGCGGGCUGGUGGACGCGCUGUUCAUGCGCCUGGCCGACCUGAUCAUCGCCCUGCCGGGCAUUUCGCUGCUGAUCGUGCUGAGCGCGCUGUUCAAGCUGAACCUAUUCUACCUGGCGUUGAUCAUCGGACUGCUGGGAGGGUUUGGCGGCACCGCCAUCAUCCUCAAGUCGCAGGCGUUGAGCAUCCGCGUGAAGCCCUACAUCGAGGCGGCGCGGGUGGCCGGCGGCGGGCACUUUCACAUCAUCUUCGUGCACAUCAUCCCCAACCUGCUGCCUCUGUCGCUGCUGUACAUGAUGUUCACCGUGACGGGAGCGAUCUUCGCGGAGGCCGUGCUCUCCUUCCUGGGCCUGCUGGACCUGAGGAUGAGCUGGGGGAUCAUGAUCCACACGGCGAACACCGGGGGUUACCUGCUGGGUGGAACCAGGUACUGGUGGCUCAUCGUACCAGCCAGCGCGUCGAUCACCUUCCUGUGCAGCGCGUUCUACCUGGUGGGGCGCGCGCUGGACGAGGUGGUCAACCCCAGGCUGCGGCGGCACCAUGGGUGA